CGCCGCUCACUGCAGCGCAGGGACGGUAGGCUUCAAUCGAUAGCGCCCUUUCAGCCUGGAGCUCGGUUUCGGCCCCGCCAUGCCAUAAGGUUCACUCCGUCUCGAUCUUACAUACCUCCCUUCCUCACCUUACACUCUUUAGUUUCUCCGCGCAAAGAGGUCGACUUUUACGCCGGUCCAAUCUUUCGAUUUUUGCUGUGGGCUUCUCGUCCAUAUUCCUUCUCUCGAAAACAGGGAAAAUGGAUCCGAACGAACAACAGCCGCAACCGCCGCCGCCGGCGACAUCAACGCCUGAUGCGCCCGACAGAGAAACGAUGGAGCGGAUCCGCCGAAGGAGACUGGAGAAGCUUGGAGGAUCCCCGGGUUCAAGCACGCCCGCUGCAAGCUCCCCAAGCACCGAGACACCACCUGCCGCCGCCCGGCAAAGUACAUCCAAGCCCGCGGACGGCAAGUUGGUGUCGAAAGAGGCCGAGAAGCCCGCACCGGGGGAUAGCAGGCCCAAGAUCAACGUCUCGCCUGCACCCGCACCAGGAACCCCCCACAGCACCGGCAGCGCCAGCAGCAGCAGACCAGGUAGUGCCAACAACGCAGGCUCCCGAGCUAAGAGGCAGGCAUCAGAUGUUGACGAGCCUUCAGCGUCGGCGCCUCCCAAGAAGCAGACCACUCCAGCCGCCCAGGAAACGAUCGAGGACUACGCAGACCGAGUGCUGUCCAACAUCUUCCGUUGCACGGUCGAUCCCAACCGCACAACGGACAGCCAAGGCCACAAGCUCGCCUUCCUGCCGAACCUCAGUGCGGAGCUCGCGGAAGAGGGCUCGCCGCUCAAGUUGACGACUGGGAGGCUGGAGGAGGCUAUCAUGGAGGCGGCUACGGCGGUGCCGCACGACCGACCGCUGUUGGAUUACUUGCUGCCGUGCUGGAAGCGGGUGGUGAGGACAUUAAAAGUGCUUCGCGGCCCGGCACCAGAGAAGGAAGCGCUCCUCAAGGAAGCCAGGCGAUUAUGCUUCAGCAACUGCAUCUUCGCAUUGACCGUGCCGGAGUUGUUCAGCCGAGAGCCGAACGCUCUCCACGACACGCUGGUCCCGUAUCUGCUGCGGGAGGUCGAGUCGGAAGACGGCCUAUGCCUGGACUUCUUCGCGGAGGCCGUCGCCCGUAUCGAGGACGAUGAUUCUAUCGCGCCUCUAUUCACCAAGGCGAUGGCCGACAUCAGCGCCAAGCUGGCUACGAUGAGCAUGAAUGAUGACUACAAGCCCUGUGUCAACGCACUGUUGACGUACUCGAGAUUCCCGCCCCUGCUCAACGCCCUGGCACAGCACCCGUGCUUCCAGAUGGCACAGUCUGCGCCGGGAAUCGAGAAGAACACCAUCCUCGGCCCCUUCUUCAGGAUAUCGCCGCUCCAACCAGAGGUGACAACGGUCUACUUUGCCGGACCGAGGACGAUGGACAAGGGCCGCAUCCAAACAUCGCAAAAUGCGCUGCAGAUGACAUUGGGAGCACACCAGGCGGAUCUCAAGACGAUCAUCAACGCCUUCAUUCGAGCGAGUCCCGAAGCGAGAAACAAGACGUUGGACUGGUUUGCCUACAUCAUGAACACCAACCACAAGAGGCGUGCGAUGCAGGUUGACCCGAACGAGGUUUCCUCGGACGGCUUCAUGAUCAACGUGACCGUUAUUCUCGACACGCUGUGCGAGCCUUUCAUGGACAGCACCUUCUCGAAAGUGGGGCGGAUCGAUGUCGACUACUUCAGGAGGAACCCGAGGGUGGACAUCAGGGACGAGACAAAGCUCAACGCGGACCAGGCGCAAUCGGAUGCUUUCUAUGCCAACAAGCUCGAGGGGGAGUCCAACUUCAUCACGGAAAUUUUCUUCUUGACGUUGGCGGCACAUCACUAUGGCAGCGAAGCAGCAAACUCCAAGCUGAAAACGCUCGACAGGAACAUCAAGCAUUUCGAGAAGAACCUCGCCAUGAUGGAGGCGGAGCGGCAGAAACUGGUCAACCGACCGGAUCAGCUCCGGAUCUUGGACGCGGCGAUCCAGCGCCACACUAGCGUGCUGGAGCGGUCCAUGGCGAUGAAGUACUCGAUCGAGGGUAUCCUGUUGGAGCAGAAGAUGCAGAGCCGGUCGCUGCAGUUCAUGCGCUACGUCGCCAUCUGGCUGCUUAGAGUUGCCAGCCAGACCGAGUACACACCGGACAAGCCACUCAAACUCCCGCUGCCUGCGAACCAGCCCGAGGCGUUCAAGUGCCUGCCGGAGUACGCGCUGCAGGACGUGGUCGACAACUUCAAGUUUGUCUUCCGCUACAUUCCGCAGAUCAUCCUCUCGGCGGUCGGCGAUGAGAUGAUUGCGCUCUGCAUAACCUUCCUGGAGUCGUCCGAGUACAUCAGGAACCCCUAUCUCAAGUCGUCGCUCGUGACGCUGCUGUCCCACGGUACCUGGCCGACAUACCACCUCAAGAAGGGCGUCUUGGGCGAUCUCAUGACCAACACCAAGUUUGCAAACGACUAUCUGCUGCACGCGAUCAUGAAGUUCUACAUCGAGUGCGAGUCAACGGGUGCACACACGGCAUUCUAUGACAAGUUCAACAUUAGAUACGAGAUCUUCAUGGUGAUCAAGUGCAUCUGGACCAACGACGUGUACCGGCAGCAGCUGGUCCAGUCUAGCAAAUCGAACCGCGCCUUCUUCGUCCGCUUCGUCAACCUCUUGAUGAACGACGCGACCUAUGUCCUCGACGAGGGCCUCGGCAAGUUCCCCAAGAUUCACGAUCUGCAGGCCCGCCUUCGAGACCCAACCCUCUCGCAAGAGGAUCGCGAGAAAGCGGAAGAGGAGCUCCGGACCGCCGAGGGCCAAGCCACCUCAUACAUGCAACUCGCCAAUGAAACGGUCAGCAUGAUGAAGCUGUUCACCACAACCAUCACCGAGGCUUUUACGAUGCCGGAAAUCGUCCAACGCCUGGCUGGCAUGCUCGACUACAAUCUCGAGACGCUGACGGGACCCAAGUCCAAGAUGCUCAAGGUCGAUAAUCCCGAGAAGUACUUCUUCAACCCCAAAACCCUCCUCCCCGAGCUUGUCGACAUCUACCUCAACCUCGGUUCAUCCACGUCCUUCAUCGAAGCCGUCGCCGCCGACGGCCGCUCCUACAAGCCUUCGACCAUGAUCACAACGGCUCAGAUUCUCCGCAACAAGCACCUGAAGGAUGAGAAGGACAUCCGGGCGUGGGAGGCGCUCUCGGCGAAGAUCGAGAGCGCGAAGGAGGCACUGGACCGCGCCGACAUGGAUUACGACGACGCUCCACCCGAGUUCGAAGACCCCAUCAUGGGCAUCCUGAUGACGGACCCCGUGAGGUUGCCGUCGCGGCAUGUUGUUGACCGGUCGACGAUCACGCAGCACUUGCUGAGUGAUCCGAAGGAUCCGUAUACGAGACAGCCGAUGACCAUCGAAGACGUUGUGCCGGAUGUGGAGUUGAAGGAGCGGAUCGAGGCGUGGAAGGCGGAGAGGAGGAGGGCCAAGGCCAUGGGGGAUGAUGCUAUGGACACGACGGAAUGAGCUGGUCUCGAAUGGGGGGAGAUCGACUGAGAGCUUGGGGUCACGAUGAGCCAUGGGAUGGUUGUCGCUCGGCUGGGCCUGGUCGGGCUUGUAUGGUGUCUGUCAUACCGGAGCUCGUAGGCCAGCGGCCCGCAUAUUCCAUCCUUUGGAACUCGGGAGUUGCGGGCGGGGUCCUUGAAGGUAUCCUUUUCGCGUAUUGCAUUUGCAUGUAGAGAGGGCUCAAACAGACUUUUGUGUACGGAGCCACUCAAGUCAAACACGUUUGAUCUUGUUCCGCUGAACUCGAUCGUCAGAGUAGUUGUGAUGUUACUGCUAGGUGUGCCAUUAAGACGGAGAAGGAG